AUUAACAUAAAAAUAAAUAAAAUCUUAGAUAUUUACUCUCUGUCCAAUUUGAAGAAUUUUGUCUUUUCCUAAGGAAACCCUUCCUUUUCGAUUCCACUGAGGAAAAUUUCCAACAACGUGAGAAAUGAUCGAAGUGGACCUGUAGCUAGAAAGUAGGAAGAAUCGAGCUUUCUGUUGGAAGAAGCAAAAACAUUGUUUAUUCUGAUUCUGGAACAAAAGGGAAAUUAGAAAAAAAAAAAUGUCGUCGCCGGACAUUGCCGGAAUACUGGAGAGCUCGAGGGAGCUCGAUCGGUUAAGGAAAGAGCAAGAGGAAGUCCUUUUAGAGAUCAAUAAGAUGCACAAGAAGCUCAAUGCUACUCCUGAGGUAGUUGAGAAGCCUGGUGAUAAUUCUUUGUCAAGGCUUAAAAUUUUAUAUACUCAGGCCAAGGAUCUUUCAGAGAAUGAAGUAACUGUUUCCAAUAACCUGUUGAAUCUACUAGAUGCUCUACUUCCAUCUGGGCCUCCAGGGCAACAACGAAGGAGAAUAGGUAGUGACCAGAAAAGGAAAAGAAUGAAGAAUGAGUCGGAUAUCUCAAGGCUUUCCCCUGCCAUGAGAAAUCAACUUGAAGCUUGUGCUAGUCUGAAGGGUGAACAGGUAGCGGCUAGGGUCACGGGUAACAAUGCUGAAAAGGAUGAGUGGUUUGUUGUAAAAGUGAUGCAAUUUGAUAGGGAAACAAAAGAAUUUGAAGUACUUGAUGAGGAGCCAGGUGAUGAUGAAGAGGGUGGCGGCCAAAGAAAGUACAAGCUACCCAUGUCAUGUAUUAUACCUUUCCCCAAGAAAAAUGAUCCAUCUAGUGUCCCUGAUUUUCCUCCUGGAAGACAUGUUUUGGCUGUUUAUCCUGGAACGACAGCACUCUACAAGGCAACUGUUGUCAGUCCGCCACGGAAGAGAAAGACAGACGAGUACUUGCUGGAGUUUGAUGAUGAUGAGGAAGAUGGCGCUUUGCCGCAACGGGCAGUACCCUUUUACAACGUAGUUGCCUUGCCUGAGGGACACCGUCAGUGAAUCCCUGUUUAUAGUUGUGUAUAAUUAAAGUUGUGCAGUGUUGUAUGCCAGACAAUUGUGUCUCCUUUCUCUUAACUAAAAGGGACACUGUUGUAGCCAACACCUUCCUGUUUGAGCUAUAAAAUUUCUAUAGUUCGACUUUGGUUUGAAAAUUUGGGAGUUCGGGUUAGAUUUCUUCUUCAAAACUCAAAAUGAAAAUGCAAGAUUGCUAUAGAUUGGAUUCUGAGAGACUGCAAGGGAGGUGAAAAUUAUCCAUAAUGCUAAAUUUUGGCUUUUUCUUUU